AUGUCUUCUUCGCCAUCUUUCCCGUCUUCGUCCUCAUCUCCCUCCGAGUCCAGCCACCGCCCUUCAGCAGUACCCUACCGCUCCUCACGUUGGCCCGCUCGCUUCCUGGUCUGGACCGGCGUCGGACACAACAUUGUAGGUUUCCUAAUCCCCGCGGUUCGUCAGCCCUUCGUGGAUGCCCUCAAGGGUGGAUACAUCAACCAGCUUGGUACUUCCAUCAGUCGUCGUCACUCGUUCUGGUUCUUCAUGGCUGGCGUAAACUUGGUCCUCCUUGGGAAACUCGUCGAUUGGUAUCUGUUCCCUGAACAGGUGGAUGGCCAUAGGAAAAUUAAGGACGACUCCUCUGUGAGAGCACAUUCAGACAAGGGAGAGGUGCGAUCUGAGAGGAAGUUACCCCGGGAGCUGGGCGUCUGGUUCUUGGGGAUCGCAAUCGGCGGCGCCACGGCUAUCCCCAAAAGUGGGUUCUAUCUGUUGGGCAUCCAGGGCCUGGCCAUCUUGUUUGCAAAAUAA